CAUGGUAGAUAUAAAUAUAUAGUAGUAAUUUAUAUGCACACAUAAAUUUAAUUCAAACAAAAUGGACAAAAUUCAAAUAUUAGUAACAAUAUGUUGUUGUGUCAUAGCAGUUGCUCUGUUUGUGUGUCUAUGGAAAGUACUAAAUUGGGUUUGGUUCAGACCAAAGAAGUUGGAGAAAUUGUUGAGGAAACAAGGGCUAAAAGGGAAUUCAUACAGAAUAUUGUAUGGUGAUAUGAAAGAUUUUUCUGGGAUGAUUAAAGAAGCUAAUUCAAAGCCUAUGAAUAUUUCUAAUGAUGAUUUAUCCCCAAGAUUGGUGCCUUUCUUUCUUGAAAUCAUCAAAAAAUAUGGGAAAAAGUCUUUUAUAUGGAUGGGUCCAAGACCACAAGUAUUUAUCAUGGACCCUGAGCUUAUAAAGGAAGUAUUCUCCAAAAUCUCUGUGUAUCAAAAGCCUGGUACAAAUCCAUUAAGCGCCUUAUUGGUUCGAGGGCUAACAACCUAUGAGGAAGACAAAUGGGCCAAACAUAGAAAAAUCAUCAAUCCCGCAUUCCAUCUAGAGAAGUUAAAGGUUUGUUAUUCAACUCACGAUUGGUCAACCAAAAACUAUUAUGUUGGGCAAUGCUUAAUUAACGAUGGAUGAAAUGUGUGCUCUUGCUGGCUAAGUCUUUCUAUCUCCUCUGAUUUGCGUUCCUUAUCGUUCAAUCUAAACGUUUAUGUCAUAUGACUAUUUCGAGUAAUAUCUGCUAUCUGACUUGAAGUAGACAACUAUAUGG